UCGCGGAGGGGAGCGAUGGCGCGGGCGCAGCCGAGCGGACCCCGGGCCCCGCUGCGCGGCCGGGCGGGCCGCCCGGGUCAGCUGCUCGCGGCGAUCUCCCUGCUGCUGGUGUCGCUGGCGGGAUCCCGGGCCAGGGUGGAGGAGGACUUCAGCCUGGUGCAGCCGCUGGUGACCAUGGAGCAGCUGCUGUGGGUGAGCGGGAAGCAGAUCGGCUCGGUGGACACUUUCCGCAUCCCGCUCAUCACCGCCACCCCUCGGGGCUCGCUCCUCGCCUUCGCCGAGGCCCGGAAAAAGUCUGCCUCCGACGAGGGGGCCAAGUUCAUCGCCAUGAGGAGGUCCACCGACCAGGGUAGCACAUGGUCCUCUACAGCCUUCAUCAUAGACGACGGGGAGGCCUCCGAUGGGCUGAACCUGGGGGCCGUGGUCAACGAUGUGGACACAGGAGUGGUGUUCCUUAUCUAUACCCUCUGUGCUCACAAAGUCAACUGCCAGGUGGCCUCCACCAUGUUGGUGUGGAGUAAGGAUGACGGCGUUUCCUGGAGCCCGCCCCGGAAUCUCUCCGUGGAUAUCGGCACAGAGAUGUUUGCCCCGGGACCAGGCUCUGGCAUUCAGAAGCAGCGGGAGCCCCGGAAGGGCCGGCUCAUCGUGUGUGGACACGGGACGCUGGAGAGGGACGGUGUCUUCUGUCUCCUCAGUGACGACCACGGUGCCUCCUGGCACUACGGGGCCGGCGUGAGCGGCAUUCCCUUCGGCCAGCCCAAACACGAGCACGAUUUCAACCCGGACGAAUGCCAGCCCUACGAGCUUCCCGACGGCUCGGUCAUCAUCAAUGCCCGGAACCAGAACAACUACCACUGCCGCUGCAGGAUCGUGCUCCGCAGCUACGACGCCUGCGACACCCUCCGGCCCCGCGAUGUGACCUUCGACCCCGAGCUCGUGGACCCUGUGGUCGCAGCGGGAGCAGUGGCCACCAGCUCGGGCAUUGUCUUCUUCUCCAACCCAGCCCAUCCUGAGUUCCGAGUGAACCUGACCCUGCGCUGGAGCUUCAGCAAUGGCACGUCCUGGCAGAAAGAGAGAGUGCAGGUGUGGCCAGGACCCAGCGGCUACUCGUCCCUGACAACCCUGGAAAACAGCACGGGUGAGGAUGGAGAGCAGCAGCCCCCUCAGCUGUUCCUUCUGUACGAGAAAGGCCUGAGCAGAUACACCGAGAGCAUCUCCAUGGUCAAAGUCAGCGUCUACGGGACGCUCUGAGCCCUGUGAUGAGGACGCCAAGUCCUGGACCCGGCUUCACGGCCCUCGGGGGCUGCCUGAGACCCAGCUCGUGCUCCGACUCUAGUCUUCUGCAGAAGCAAUUUGUCUUUGACAGGGAAGUCACCCGGCUGUGACUUAACGGCCCAGCUUCCUCUCCCAGACAGGAAGUAGUCCUAGUCCCUUCCUCGCCAGGAGCCGUUUCCAGAAUGCUGGGGAUAGCCCUGUCCCCUCUCUCAGGACAGUGGAGCUGUUCCUUUCUGGGACAGGAUGGGGGUGAGGGGUUGUCCCCUGGAGUGUAACAAAUAUGAACCCAGGGAACUGAACGUCCUCCUAGGGUUUGGAAGCAGGUACAAGAUCUGAAGAGGAUUGCUUAAAGUCCCCAGGGCAGAACGUCCUUUCAGAGUACAGGUAGACAUACACACACA